UUUGUGUGUUUUGCUAGUCAAGGCGUAGUUAACUUCUAGUAAACACAGUUCAUUUGUGUGUGAAGGAAGAAGAAAAUUAAAGUACUGCUUGUUUUGCAGAUCGGAAAUAGUUAAGAAUAACAGGCAAUGAGUAGAAAACCAUUCUUUAGCCGAAUUCCGAUACAGUCAUUUAUAGUACAGUCCUCCCUCCACCUUACCCCAACCAUAUUUUGGGUCUUUGUUAAGCAGAAUUUGAAGAACCGGGACAAGAACUGAAAACAGAAAAGCUGAAGCAUUACCACUGCCUGUUUAUAACAGAGUUAUUUUCUUGCUGCUGUGAAUCAAAUGCCUACAAGUACCAAUGAAGCUGACCUACUUGCUUUUGGGACUUGUCUUGUUUGACAGCUUUACUCAUUAUUUGUUGCACUGGGUGCUACUUCUUUACUGUCCUUUCAGGAACAUUAGUUUUAUCUGGUUGCUGAGUUGCAUUCGAUUCCCUCUAACAAGUGGUGCUGCUGUAGGACUUCUUAAGAAAUGGGACACUCAUCCAGGAUCAGUUGGAACUUUUCAUGCCUUCCUAUACAGUGUGAUUUUGUGCUUUAUAUCACCAGUAUAUGAAACCUGGAAGCAGAUGCUUCUUUUGAAGUCUCCAGAGAUCCAUUCUGUUCUACAUCUGUCUUUGGUGAUGCACCUGGCUUCAGCAGCAGCAGUACUGUUGUGGGAAUUCCUGUCCCUGGCAGAAACAUCACUGUUAGGAAAGAAAUACGGAGAAGAUGCACAUAAGGGGGACACGCAGAAGGCUGAUAAAGCUACUUUCAGAAGACUUUUAGUUUACUCCAGACCUGAUGUCAUACCACUUUGUGUUGGAUUUACAGCUCUGAUUCUUGCUGACAUAAUGGACACAUUCAUUCCAUACUAUACUGGGAAGGUUAUUGACAUCCUUGGUUCCAAGCACAAGCAGGAUGAAUUUUAUGUUGCCAUAUUCUUGAUGUCUUUAUUUUCUGUGGGCAGUUCUGUCUGUAGCGGACUGCGAAGUGGCCUGUUAACUUAUACAUUAUCCAGGCUGAAUCGGCGAAUUCGAAACCUUCUUUUUCAGUCUAUAGUGCAACAAGAAAUUGGGUUUUUUGAAUUUAACAAAACAGGUGGUCUUACAUCCCGAUUGUCUCUUGACACUGCUGCUAUGAGCCGAUCCAUCUCUGCGUAUGUGAAUCUUUUCUUACGCAGCGUUCUGAAAACUCUGGGGAUCUCAUACUUUAUGUUCCGAUUAUCCUGGCAGCUGACACUACUUACUUUAAUUAAGUCCCCAGUGUUUGGACUGGCCCAGAAAUUCUACAAUCAGUACAAUCAGAAAUUAGUACAGAAUGUGCAAGAUUCCAUUGCCAGAGACAAUGAUAUAGCUGGAGAAGCAGUGUCUUGUAUUAAAACAGUGAGGAGUUUUGCCACAGAGGAGGAGGAGAUACAAAGAUACAAUGCAAACCUUGAUAUCACAUACCAGCUCAGACGGAAGAGAGAUGUAGGCCAAGCUACCUAUUCAUUCAUAAUGGGUGUGAUCCAGUUGUCUCUACAGGUAGCUAUGUUGUAUUUUGUCCACGGUUUAAUCCAAGAAGGACUCAUGAGUACUGGCAACUUUGUUGCCAUCCUUCUGUACCAGGCAGAUUUGGAAUCAUACAUUCAGCGUAUGAUACAAUUAUUUGGGGCAAUAAUGUCCUCAGUUGGUGCAGCAGAAAAAGUUUUUGACUAUUUAGACCGAGAGCCGUGUGUCUCAACUGAUGGAAAACUAACGUCGGAGGAACUGAAAGGACACAUUCUUUUCAACAGUGUCUCAUUCAGUUAUCCAACAAGGCCAGAGCAACAGGUGCUAAUGAAUGUUUCCUUUGAACUGAAACCUAGACAAAUCACAGCACUGGUUGGGCCUAAUGGCAGUGGGAAAACAACUUGUGUCCGCCUGCUGGAAAGAUUUUAUGAACCUAAUUUUGGAGAGAUUUUUCUUGAUGGGAUACCCUUGAAUGAGUUUGACCACAAGUUCCUACAUUCUAAGAUAGCACUUGUGGAACAGGAGCCUGUUCUUUUUGCUGCAUCGAUCAAAGACAACAUUUCAUACGGUCUCAGUAAUUGCAGCAUAGAUGAUGUGAUUGCAGCAGCCCAGAAAGCCAAUGCCCACAGCUUCAUCCAAGGUCUGGAGAAAGGCUAUGAGACAGAUGUUGGAGAAAAAGGGGGACAGUUGUCAGCAGGACAGAAACAGAGAAUAGCAAUUGCUCGAGCUCUGAUACGUAAACCACAAAUCCUAGUGCUGGAUGAAGCAACCAGUUGUUUAGAUCCAGAAAGCGAACACUUGAUAAUAGAAGCAGUGUCCAGGAUGAAGGACCAAACAGUCCUUGUCAUUGCACACAGACUGAAGACCGUGGAGAAAGCCAACAAAAUCAUUGUGAUUGAAAAUGGAUCUGUGAUUGAAGAAGGAACACACAUUGAUUUAAUGAAGAAUCAAAGUCGUUACUACCAAAUGAUUCAGAAAAUAUUUGGUCAAAGUGGGAUUCAAGAAAAUGUCUCUUAGAAAAACUGGAGGAAUUGUAUAGACUGUUCUGCUACUAUUUUUAAAAUAUGCUGACUGCAGACGGUACUGACAAAGAAACAUCAUGCUAAUUUAUUUAGACAUUGACUUACAGUACAUUAAGAUACUGACUUACAGGGAUAAUAGUUAAGCAGCAGUGAGUGCAUUAAAGUGAUUUUGAUGCAGAAAUGUAUGAAGAUGGAGAAGUGUGCAUCAUAACAAUUUACUUGUAAUUUUCUGAUACCCACUUACCCCUGUUCAUGUUUGUGGAGAAGCCAGAGUGUAUCCUGGCAACCAGUGGGAGUAAGGCAGAAAAACAAAUCCUGGGUAGAGCUCCACUACAUUACAGGAUACACACACACACACACACUCACACUCACACUCACCUACAAAUAGUUUAAGAAAUCACCAUUUUACAAACAUAUAUGUGUUUUGGAUGUGGGAGGAGACCAGAGCACUUGAGACCUCUAAAAAAAUGAGCCAUAAAAUUGACAGAAUAGCAAAUUGUUACAGUGAGAAAAAUGAAAAGCAGAUAGUUGCAGUGAGAAGAAUGAAACAAAGUCAAGUGUGCCCUCUUUACUGUGGAGUUUUUUCCUUUCUCCACUGUUGUGGGACUGUGGAGUUAGCAUAUGUGAUUGGGGGUUGGUGGGGUUGGUCCCUGCAAGAACUCUUAUUUAUGUAAUUGUGGGUGGAUUUUAGGGGAGAUAUGUUCUUGACCAGCUGUGAUUGAGAAAUGCUUUUGAAAACACUCAUGGCUCAAUUUUUCAUUGACAAAGCAAUUAAAAUACUGUUCAAGAAAAAGAAACAAUGUGAAAUACAAGAAAACAUAUCCAUUAAAUUAGGGAAAAUCAUAAAGUACAAUCUUUUGGAAUGUGCAAAAAGGGGCUAUUUCAUAAACAUAGUGUGCAGCUGUGUAAAUGAAUUCUGUGCACAGUGCUUAUUAUGACACCUGCCAUUGCCACAGUUCGUAGGUAUGAUGAUAUUAAUGAUAGGUGACAUCCAAAUGAAUGGAAAUAUCUUUGAAGUGGUUAACAGAGCACAGAGUACACUGCUGUUUUCCAUGCCCUUAGAUGACUGAAUUGUUGUGUGCUUGACAGUGCAGGCACACACAGUGGGGAACGCCUGGGUAAGGUAUGCUUUUAUAUUACAUACCAUACUCAGAUGCUGUUCCUACUUCCCUCCUCCACUGUGGUUUGAUGUCAUGUCACACAGUGAUUCAGGAAAUAAUGCCCAUUUAUUAAUUAUGACAGUUGACUUGGGUCAUUGCCAUAAUAUGUUAAUGAACGGAUCUAGUGAAUUUCCAUUGAUAGGAGCUGAGCAGUAUAUAUCAGUACCACUGUGUGGGGGUAGGGAUAGUAUUGUUUUGGUAGCAAGUUUGCCUGCACCAAAGGGAUUCCAUUGGCAGCAUGGGUUUUCCUACCAUGCAAAGCAGUGUUUUUUAACUGUGUUACUAUUGAUGUUUAGCUCUAAGCGGUAAAUAUUCAACAGGGAUAUGAAUCAGCAUAGUCAGGUAUUUGGUUCUGGUCCCAUAAUUCAUGUAAUUUGGACUAGCCUGUACUCAGAUGGUGUAUUGAUUCUGAAUCAUGCGCGAUCUUGGGAAUCAUUUACUUGUGUGUUCAGUGCACAAAGCACUGUGGCUGCACACUUGACAAUUUACAAGGUUGUACGCCUUUGUGUUACAUGCUUUAUAAAUCAUGUUGGAUUUUGGUACCGCAUACCAGCCCUGUUUCAUGAGGUACGAUGUUCAUGAAUUCCACCCUUUGAAAAGAAAGACACUAGCAGAUAUGGGUAGUUGGUGAAAGAAGAAGAAAAUAGAGGCAUUGCUGAUUGAUAGUCAGUGUUAAACACCAUAAGGAUGUACUAAUCACAGAGGACAAUUCACAGAACAGUAACUGAACACUAAAUUAUAAAGGAAAAGUAAGAAUGUUUGCAGUACAGUAACUGACAUCGGCUACUUGUAGGGGAAAACAAGGACUGAGAAAUAAGGUGAUGACUGCAGGUUACAAAUUAGCUAUGGUUAGGAAGAAAACAGUAAGUUUUGUAUAAGUAUAUAAAUAAAGCAAGAAGAGGUAAUAUAAAAGAAAUAUGGGAAAGAGAGAUUGAAUGCAAAUCAAUAAGUAAUAUGAAAACAGCAUUAACUUCACUGUACACUGUCUUACUGGCAAGUCAACAAGAAACUUUGGAAACUACUGAACACAGUUAAAAGAGAGGGCAGUAAUAAGAAUAGAUGAGAAAUGAUGUUGAAUAGUUAAAAAUCUAAAAGAAAAUAAAUCAGUGGACAAGAAAGUAUACAAACAAACAGCUUGGAAAUGAAGGCAUGAAUUAGUAGAAUGACUAACCUGAAUUUAUAACAAAAGAAUUGAAGAAGUGUAUAGGUAUACAUCAGUGUACCCUUAUUACUGGGAGGUUUACUGUUCCAGGUUAUUUAUAGCAUCUGAAUCAUAAAAAAAAAUUAAAAUCUGGGAAAGUAGAGAUAUCUGACAUCAUGACAGGGUAGACAACUCUUGCUACAAAACAGGUUGGCUAUUGAUUACUGCAUGAGACAUAAUGUAAUGAUCUAUACGACAUAAGACCUGCAACAAAUAAAACAUGCAGAACUCAUUUUGUUUUGAACAUUUUGAACAUCAUGUUUUUUAAUUUUGUUCUUACACGAAAGUGCAUUUUUUCGAAAAUGCACUUUCACGUAAGUCAAUUCGCAAAUUUACGUUUCGAUGAAAUGUAAAUUCACUGGAUCAAAUGGGAUCCAUAUAUAUAUAUAUAUAUAUAUAUAUAUCUACACACACAUACAUACAUAUAUAGUAUAGGUCUCCUAAAUUCAAAAUGCACAAAUGUCAGUAGCAAUAAUAUUGACAACAACAGUUUGACAAUGCAAACGUCAGUAUGCAUGUGAGAGGAAUACCUUUGCAGCAUGCAAAGUAAACAACAAAAAAAUUGAAAAAGCAGGGGUCAACACUCUCAUGCACAACCCACAAUCCCUGCAAAUUUUAUAUACUAAUCCCUGGGGAAGGGCAUAUUCCCUGACCUGGAGAUUGUCAGUAUCUCCCACCUUUCGAUCAAUGUGUGUUAACAGAACAGAUGUUGACAUUAGGGAGUAUUAUAUCUAUGUUUAUAGCUGUCUAAAUUUAUAUGUAUUGACAGAGAAUAUACAUAUGUAUAUAUAAAUGUGUGUGUGUGUGAGAUGGGAUUUAAAAAAUAUAUAUAAGUAUAUAGUUUGUGUGGGGAAGACGCAGUGGCACAAUAAUUGGUUUUCGUGCCUCACAGAGCUGGCUUGUACAGUUUGGUCUUGUCUGGACUGCCUUCUGUGUAGCAUCUGUACAUUCUGCCUCUGUCUGUUUGGCCAUUUGCUGUGUAUUCCAUUUUCUAUUAACAAUUCUAAAGAUGUGCUGUAGAAGAAUUGUUCAUCCUCUAAUUUGCCGUGUGUGUGUGUACAUCCUGUUGAUGGGUUGUAACAUUGUCAAAAUAAGAUUUUUUGCCAUGCUCCCACUGAGCAUGAUGAAAGGUUCAAUUUCCUCUGUAACCCUGAACUGGAUUAAGUGGAUAUUUGGAAAUGAAUGAAUGAAUAUAUGGAUGAAUGGUGAAAUAUGGAAAACUGAUUUUUUUUCUUAUUUUUUCAUUUUUAGAAAAGAAACACAGGUACAGGUGUUACAGUAACACUCACUUAGCUAGUCUAACACUGAAUGACAUAUUAAAACACAGCAGCCUGCUAUCAUGUUUCAUUUAAAUUUAUUAUCUUUAGUUUGUUAAGAAAUGUGGACAACUUGUUAGGACUCAUUGUGGCUAUCAAACGGAUAUACAAAUAAAACACUCCACCAUUUGCAGAGA